UUCCGAUCUUAUUUUUUCCAUUCCGACCCGAAGGCCGAGCCACCAACCCCCCUCGCGGCCACCGACAUGUGGGCCCUCACCCCAAACAGCGGUGGGUCCUCCUGCCUCCCGGCGAGGCGCACCCCGCCGCCGCUCGCCGCCGCCGGCGAGGCCGGCUCGCUGGCCGCGGGGCCCGGGAGGUGGUGCUCGUGGAGGCGUCGUCAGCCGGCGGAGCGGUGGCCCAAGCUGGCGGUCAGCGCGUCAGGGAGGAAGAGCAAGGGCGGCCGCGACGAGGGCGGCGGCGACGAGCCCAAGAAGAACAAGGCGGCGUCCUCCUCCUCCUCCGGAAAAGGUGAUGCGUCUGCUCCCAGUGGAGAUGUUUCAAAUAAUGAACUGCAAUCCAAUGACACAAUGUAUGUACCUGGUAACUUGUCAUAUUGGAGAGACGUUAGAGCAAGCUUUGUGGUUCCAAAGGUGCAAACAGUAGAUGCACAUACUCUACCACAAGCAGCUACGGAUGCACCAGUGCACUGUCUUCCUCGGAAGUGGGCACAUUCUAUUCCAAUGCCAGAAUCUGGUUGUGUGCUGGUUGCUGCUGAAGAGCUUGAUGGCAAUGGUACGUUUGAGAGAACUGUAAUUCUCCUCCUAAGAUUAGGUUCAAGAGAUGCCUAUGACGGCCCAUUUGGCGUCAUCCUAAACCGUCCACUGUAUACAAAAAUGAAACACGUGAACCCAUCGUUCCGCAACCAGGCAACCCCUUUUAGUGAUUGCUCCCUCUUCUUUGGGGGACCUGUCGACAUGAGCAUAUUCUUGAUGAGGACUACCGAUGACAGACCAAUUAAGGGGUUCGAAGAGGUGUCGCCAGGCGUCUGCUUCGGUUUCAGGACUGACCUAGAGAAGGCCAGUGCUCUUUUGAAGAGUGGCGCGGUUAAGCCUGAGGACUUAAACUUCUAUGUUGGGUACUCUGCCUGGGAUUACGACCAGUUGUUGAGCGAGAUUGAUCAAGGAUACUGGCAUGUCACUUCCUGUAGCUCAGGCCUGAUAAGCGACUCCCUUGCAACAGAUCCUUCUUGCCUAUGGACUGAGAUAUUGAAGCUGAUGGGAGGCCAGUACGCAGAACUGAGUCAAAAGCCAAAGGAAGAUGGCUCGUGAAAAUUCUUGCUUGCUAGCAUAGUUUGGCACAAUUGACGUGCUUGGUUUGUACAUAAUUGGGAAUAAUCUCGCCCGGUCACUGGCCAGGGUAAUUGAACAGUCCUAGUAGUAGUUUCAUGUGGUCGUCUUUGUCCUCUGUAUUACUUGAACAAAUAUUAUGGAGUACUGGUGAUAGAACGGUGUGGGCUGUGAAUAAUUACUGGAAUUACAUGCUUCCAUCAAUUUUCUAUGUGCCACAUAAAAAUCCGAAAUUGAGAUAAUUGCCUUGGCUCA